AUGGGGCCUCCAAUACUCGAGAUCCAAGACCCUUUCUGGCAGUCGAUCUCGGCCCAGCUCCGGGAGGAAAAUUCUUGUGAUCCUAUUCUCGAAUGCUACCAGGAUGGCUUCGACAAGCUGAUGGAUGAGGCGGACGACCAGAUCAGCCUGGCCAACCAGAAGUUGCACACGUUUCCCUUCAAAGAUGUCAAGCCUUGUUGGUUCCGACUCUACACUGACGCCAGCAUUGCUAAAGCUUUGAAUCUGAUCCAAGACAGUCUUUCUCCCAGCAGCGAGUCCCUUUUUUCCAGAUCUCUUCAUGGUCACCUAGACGAGAUUGUCUCAAUUUUGGACAUGGCUUUGGUUAUGGCAGGAGGUUUGGGUAGAGAAGAGAUCAUACAUGACAUUCUAACCAGACUUCAGACGACGUCCAAAUUCCCGGAUGACGAUUUAGACCGCCCUUUGAAGAGAAGGCGAGUGGAAGAGUCCAACACCCGCACAUCCUCGACCUUUGAUCUGCUCCCUACAGAUGAAGUCUCGAUCCCCCGCCUCCAAUUUCCCGUCCCACAGCAGAAGAAGCCGUCGAUGACAGAGUUCUCGAAUUUCAUGCAACAUACACGAAAGCCGGCCGUCCUGACAGAUAUCUUGAACCACUGGCCGGCCCUGGAGAAAUGGAGGCAUGUUUCAUUCUGGCUAGAGCGGACAUUUGGCGGGCGUCGCCUUGUUCCCAUCGAAGUUGGCCGUAGCUACACAGAUGACGACUGGGGUCAGAAAAUUGUCCGCUUUCAAGAUUUCCUAGACCAACAUAUCCUGCGAAGACCGGAAAGUGAAGACAACAUCCCUGGCGAAGAGAUUAUCUCCACCGGGUACUUGGCACAACAUGACCUUCUCAGACAAAUUCCCGCUCUUCAUCAUGACAUCGCAAUCCCGGAUUAUUGUUUUCUUGACGCUCCACCCCCGGAACCUGACACUCCCGUCGGUUUGAGCAAGUCAAAGAAGGGGCAUGGUAAGAAAACCAGCCAUCCCUAUGUCCUUCCGUCCACUGGGUAUUCUUUGCUUAACGGUGAGGUGGGCUUGGCUGACGCCCCUGGCGACGCGGAGCCUGAACAUGAGGUCCAGACUAAUAUCUGGUUCGGGCCGGCAUGGACCAUUUCUCCACUUCACCAUGAUCCUUAUCAUAAUAUUCUGUGUCAAGUCGUCGGCAAGAAAUAUGUCAGAUUGUAUUCACCACACCACAGUGCCGCGCUCUUGCCGAAGCGCGCGGAUGAGCCGGCUCCGCAUAUAUCUCAAAGUCGAAAUGCAGAAGUCGAUUUCAAUGCUGUAGCCGUGAACAACCAAGAACAGAUCAGAGAGACGAUCGACAUGUCAAACACGUCACAAAUCGACAUUGCUGCCAUAGAAUUGUCCCCGUAUGAAGAUUGGGAUGAUAUGUACCCGGGAUUCAGUCAAAUCCCUUAUGUUGAAUGUAUCCUUGAAGCGGGACAGGCGCUGUAUAUUCCCAUUGGUUGGUGGCACUUUGUUCGGAGUUGCUCGGUCGGUAUCAGUGUCAGUUUUUGGUGGUAA